UCUUUUGAGCAAGAACCCUAAGCCCUAAUUUCUCUUGGCGAGGCGGCGAGAGAGCGAUGGCGCAGCGGCUGACUUACCGGAGGCGCCACAGCUAUGCGACCAGAUCCAACCAGACCAAGGUCGUGAGAACGCCGGGUGGGCGUCUCGUCUACCAGACCGCGACGAAGAAGGCGAAGGGGCCGCGAUGCGCGAUCACCAAGAAGCCCAUCAUCGGGGUUCCUCGUCUAAGGCCGAUGGAGUAUAAGCGCUCUCGCAUUGCUAGGCACAAGAAAUCCAUCAGCAGGGCCUACGGUGGAUCCAUGUCCGCGUCGGCAGUGCGCGAGAGGAUCAUGCGAGCUUUCUUGGUGGAGGAGCAAAAGAUCGUGAAGAAGGUCCUCAAGGUCCAAAAGGCGAAGGAGAAGCAAGCCGCCAAAGCCCAAGCUUAGACGAUCUAAAGAAUGUGGCCUCUUUUUUUGUUUGAAAUUUUAAAGUCUCGACGUUCUCGUUUUUCUUUCUAGGGUUUUAGAUAGGGUUCUUGCGGAGGAUUUGAUGGCGCUGGGGAGAGCGCUCGCCUCGGCCGCGAGGAAAGCUACUGCCGAUUCCAUUCCAAGAUCCUACAUUGCGUCUCGAUCGGUGACAAGAUUUCGAGCUGCUGCCUCCUCCGCGGCGCAUUUCUCCAUCCCGUUCCACAAUGCGACCGCGCAAGCUCGUCUGGUCGCGAGAUUGAGCGCUGGAGGGAAUUUCACUUCGUUUGCGUUGUUUCAAGAACUCGGCUCAGCGCAGCCUCGAUGAUUCCCGGGGUGAGUAAGCCAUCGCGUCAUUUUGUCCAAAGAUGACUCUUAAACGUUUUUGAAAUUCAAGCUGAGAUUGUUUCA